UUUAAGGCACGUACUGGGCGAGAUCCAGACCGUCGACUCGCAUCAAUUUAUUCGCCUCGUGCCCUCGAUCUCACUUCCUCCGUCUCUUAUCGCAUUCGCACGAGCAGAACACCUCGUCGGACUCGUUACCCUCCCCGAGAGGGGAAGGGAGAAGCAGAUCCUCUUCGCCGUCGGUUCAGAGAGAAAAAUAGAAGGCUGACCCUGUCUUCUCCUCACUACAUCAGUCCGAUGACAACUGUACCAUGUAGAGGUACUUCAGUACCUCAGCUGGGAACCCAACCACAAGCAAUAUGUAGAAAUGUAUCUUCAGGAGCUAAGGGCUGUCAUUUUACGAACAGGGUGCUGAUGCCUCAAACCGGUACAUCCGGUAACUAUCUGGCGUCAUCGCGUGCAAGUUUUCUUGCCCAGGUGUCUUCAUCUGCUCUAUUUAAUGAUGGACCACGCCUAAAUAAUAGGCGUAAUAAGGCAGCACGACUUGUUGUUAGAGCUGAUGCCGAUUAUUAUUCUGUACUUGGUGUGUCAAGAAAUGCAAGUAAAUCUGAAAUAAAAAGUUCUUACAGGAAGCUUGCAAGGAGUUAUCAUCCUGAUGUGAACAAAGAACCUGGUGCAGAACAGAAGUUCAAGGAGAUUAGUAAUGCGUACGAGGUUUUAUCAGAUGAUGAAAAGAGAUCUCUGUAUGAUAAAUAUGGAGAAGCUGGCCUCAAAGGUGCUGGCAUGGGCAUGGGGGAUUUCAGCAACCCAUUUGAUCUCUUUGAGUCAUUAUUUGAAGGCAUGGGUGGGAUGGGUGGUCCAAGAGCAGCUCGCAACAGGCCUAUACAGGGUGAUGAUGAGAGCUAUAAUCUUGUCCUGAAUUUCAAAGAUGCAAUUUUUGGCAUUGAGAAGGAGAUAGAAAUUACAAGGUUAGAAAAUUGUGGAACCUGUGAUGGUUCUGGUGCUAAACCAGGUACAAAGCCAAGCAAGUGCAGCACCUGUGGAGGUCAAGGUCAGGUUGUCUCUUCAGUGAGGACACCACUCGGUGUAUUCCAGCAGGUCAUGACUUGCUCGAGUUGUAAUGGUACCGGUGAGGUCUCUACCCCAUGCAACACCUGUAGAGGGGAUGGCUGUGUGAGGAAGACAAAGAGGAUUAGUCUUAAAGUUCCAGCUGGAGUUGACUCUGGUAGCCGGCUGAGGGUCCGGUCUGAGGGGAAUGCUGGAAGGAGAGGUGGCCCUCCUGGAGACCUCUACGUGUUUAUCGAAGUUCUCUCGGAUCCUGUGCUUAAGAGGGAUGGAACCAACAUUCUUUAUACGUGCAAGGUAUCGUACAUUGAUGCCAUCUUAGGAACCACUAUGAAGGUCCCAACAGUGGAUGGAUUGGUGGAUCUAAAAAUUCCAGCUGGGACACAGCCAGGUACAACUCUGGUAAUGGCUAAGAAGGGGGUUCCUUACCUCGGAAAGGCAAACACCAGGGGAGAUCAGUUGGUUCGCGUGCAGGUGGAGAUCCCGAAGAGGUUAAGCAGUGAAGAAAAGAAGUUGAUCGAGGAGCUUGCAAAUCUGAGCAAGUCCAAGACGGCAAACAGCAGGAGAUAGUUGAAAAAGUUUUCCUAUAUUUUGUUUGCAGAUAUAUUCCAGAACCCUCAAGAAUUUGAACAUUGAUGCCUGCAGAACUAUUUGCAUGAGGGUAGUACCAAAGAACUAAAAUGUUCAAUGAUGAGGUACUCUUUCUUAAUAGUUGUAUUGUAUUAGUUUGGUUAUUUGGAAAUAGCAAACUCUGCAUGAUGAGUGCAAGAAAUAUCGUCUGCCUGCCUUUAAAGUGAGAUUAAUUAUUUUGAUA